GAUUGCUCCUUGCCCUUGACUGGGUUGCAAUUCAGACAAAUGGACUGUAGGAUUCCUGGUAGUAUCCCGGGAUGGUGUUUCCGGCUGGCGGUUGCAUCACUAGUUGCUCUGGGACUUGCAGACAGCAGCAGAUAUGAAACCCUGGCACUUUCCAAUAGGACUGUCGGGAGUUGCACUGAGGACUGUUCACAGAAGAAUCUUCCCUGUCGUGUUAUUAAAGGUGAUUGUCUGCCCAAGUACCAUGAUACUUGGCCUCUUUCACCACCUCGAAACAUGGAUAUACACAUCGUUCUGCUGAAGGGGGUCGGGCCAGUGCUAGAGAUCAAUUUCACCUAUUCAGCUGAUGCAAAUCUAAUUUCCAUCAAUAAGACGGUGAUUGCCAUUUCUCAAGUGGGCUCAGUGCAGUGUGUAACGUAUUGGUACAUCAAUGGAUUCCCAGCACAGACCAAUUACAAAGGAGAACUGUGGAGUCUGACUUAUCACAGCUGCCAUCGACUGAAACCUGCACAGCUUCUGUCUGUUAAUAUCUACAGCAUCCCACCCACCGAGGUUCUGGUGAAGAACGUCCGCUCACCAGAUUGUAACAAUCCAGUGAUGAAACGUUACGCUAAAGACUACUGUCCAGAGAUCACUGUCCAAUGUAUUCUGAACAACAGUGACUUCACAGUGACCUACAGCAGCUCCCAUCCUAACCUUGAGUACUUAGUGUAUCUCUGUAUCUGGAAGAGUCAGUAUUGCAGCACUGAAGAGGCUCAGAACCUUGCGCCACCCAUAGAUGCAUUUGGGAAAACCAACAGCAUCAGAUUCAAGAAUGUUCCAGUGAUCCCAUGUCUCUGUGUCCGGGUGGCCACAAAAAGCCACAGUCUGUACCACGAGCAGAUGGAGUGUCCAUUCAAAGAGAGUCAUCAACUGACAAUCAAGUUGGAAUCAACUGCAUCAGCUCUCCAGUUACAACCCAGUGGCUUUCCAGCAACCUGCACCAUCAGGAUCAAAGCGAUGUUCUCCUACAGAGAAGACAGCACAAGGUGGCUCACAAACAUGUCAUCAGUUCAGGAACUGUUGGUCUCUGAAUCGAAGAUACAUGAAUUCAGCAUCAAACCAUCUCUGCAGGACAAGGUGUUGUGUGUGAAGGUCUGGUCUGAUGACAUCUAUCCGCUGCCUGAAAAAAUCUACUGUACCCAGCCAAAGAGAACUCUCUCCCCCUGGCUUGCUGCCAUCUCAUCGAUAAGUCUCAUCCUCUGUCCAUUGGCUGCAAUGAUCUUCUACAAGAAAUAUAGGAAAAAAUAUCAGCUUUAUCAGAAACGUCAGGAAGAAAAUGAGCAGCUGAAAGUGCUGAUGGCCCCAGUCAAGCUGCUGCUGCUUUGCUCCUGGGAUCACAAGUAUUUCCAGGGAGUGAUUGAAGCCUUUGCCUGGUACCUUCAGCAGGACUGCAAGUGUGAAGUGAUCCUGGAGCUCUGGGAGAGGAGACAGCUCGCCCAGACAGGCGCAAUGAUUUGGCUGUCGGAGAAACUGGCAACAGCGGAUAAAGUCACCAUCGUCUGGUCGAAGGGGGCGGAGAUGAAAUGGAAAUCCAAGUCCUUGCUUCAGGAGGACAAGCCUUUUUUUGUGGAAUUUGAAUUUGGUGACUUAUUCACCCCUGCCUUGGUCAGCAUCGCAGACCAGAGCCCGAGGGGGUUAACUGAGAAGUUCUCUGUUGUUUACUUUGAGAGGAUCAGCGCUGGGGUCAAAGUGCCGGAGAUCUUCAGAAAGAAGCAGAUUUACAAACUGAUGACUGACUUGCAAAAAUUCCAGCUCACGUACACCACAGGGACUGAGUGGACGGACAGCAAAGCUAGACAGAAGCUGACUGACAGUAUUGAGGCAUUCGCCACCUAUCAGCAACUCUCCCCUUCCUGGUUUGAGGACUGGCAUCAUAGAGAGGGUGACAAUCAGGUCUCCUUCUCUUCAUCUGCGUUUCCAGAAAAUAUAUUCUCCCCAUCGGACAAACCGGUGAUGCAAGAGAGCAACCCCUCUGAACUCACACCUCACGGACCCCUCACCGCAUCUGAUCAGCACAAUCCAGGGUCAGAGCCCUGCAUGGGAAAUACGGUGAUGGACAAAGACCAUCACAAACCAUCACUUCUGCCCAGCAAUGCCCGUGUAUCCAGUUUGGUUUAGGAUACGGGUUGCAGUGUUCCUUAGCAGUCCUUGUUGUUGUCCUCUGGGUAUUACAGCCAAUAGACGUUGCCUCCUGAAAGCAGUGCAUCAGAAUGAAGACUACAACCAGCUGGUGAUGGAGAGCUGGGAACACGGUCUGCUGCCAGGGCAACUGUGUAUGGGCUUUGUCUGCUCACAGUUCACAAUGUCCUGACCCAAUAAGAUCCUGCUUUAGUCCAUCAUAAACAUGUCACAGAGCAUCCUCUGCUGCAGGGAGGAGGAUGACCCUGGCCCUGGUCUAGGCCAGGCACAAUGGGCUAAAUGGACACCUUCAGAGCUGCAUGAUCACAGUAUAAGUACCUCCGAUGGCUUUCAGUAUUGAGUCAAAGUUAUAGAGCACAGAAACAGAUCCUUCAAUCCAACUUGUCCAUGCCAACCAGAUAUCCCAACCUAAACUAGUCGCACUUGCCAGCACCUGGCCCAUAUCAGUCCAAACCCUUCCUAUUCACAUACCCAUCCAGAUGCCUCUUAAAUGCUGUAUUUGUACCAGCCUCCACCACAUCCUCUGGCAGCUCAUUCUGCACCUGGACCACCCUCAGCAUGAAAAAGGUGCCCCUUAGGUCUCUUUUAUAUCUUUCCCCUCUCACCCUAAACCUAUGACCUCCAGUUCUGGACUCCCCCACCCCAGGGAAAAGAUUUUGUCUGUUUGUCCUAUCCAUGCCCCUCAUGACUUUAUAAGCUGCUAAGAUCACUCCUCAGCUGGCGACGCUCCAGGGAAGACAGCCCCAGCCUGUUCAGCCUCUCCCUAUAGCUUAAUUCUCCAACCCUGGCAACAUACUUGUAAAUCUUUUCUGAAUGCUUUCAAGUUUCACAACAUCUUGCUGAUAGGAAGGAGACCAGAAUUGCCUAACCAAUGUCCUGUGCAGCUGCAACAUAGCCUCCCAACUCCUGUACUCAAUACUCUGAUGAAUAAAGGAAAGCAUACCAAACACCUUCUUCACUAUCCGAUCUACCUGCAACUCCACUUUCAAGGAGCUAUGAACCUGCACUCUGAGGUCUCUUUGUUCAGCAACACUCCCCAGGACCUUGCCAUUAAGUGUACAAGUCCUGCUCUGAUUUGCUUUCCCAAAAUGCUGCACCUUGCAAUUAUCUAAAUUAAACUCCAUCUGUCACCCCUUGGCCCAUUUGAUCAAGAUUCACGCAAUUCCUUUUGACCAUGCUUUUUGUUGUGGUGUUUUGGGGAUAUGGAUCAUAAUUGUAAAAUCCCAGGCACUCCUUUGUCAUUGCGAGGUUGUCCUCAUCUUGUCAAGACUAAACGUUGAUUUAUGGGUUGUGAAAUCGAUUGGAGCUGAACUUUGAAGCUUGUAACAUAAUUGUUGAACAGUGUCUCAUGUAAACAAACUGAAAAGCUCUGAUUAAUAUCAUGUGACCCACACGGUCACAUAAACUUGCAGUAUUAAAGACCUGGCUAAUGUUUAUCAUUAUAAACCCUAACUCUCCUCCCGACCAGUAUUGUGGGUUUAUCUACAGCAUAUGGACUACAGUGACGUAAGAAGGCAGCUCACCACCACCUUCUCAAGGACAACGAGGGAUAGGCAAUAAAUAUUGACCCAGCCAGCGAUGCCUCUGCCCCAUGAGUGAAUACUAAAAAAACGUUGAUUUUGUGCUUCUAUAUUGAAUGUUUGUCAAUAUUGAGAUAGGGUUCAGUGCUGAAGUAGUUUCACAUCAGACUCAAUAAUGUUAACUUUGUUUCCUCUUCACUGAUGUUGCCAGAUCUCUGAGUUUCUCCAGC